UUAACUCAAUAAAAUGUAAAUAUGUAAGUAGCGGCAGGCAUUUAGCUAAAGGUUCCCAAAAACCAGAACUACCCGACGAUGGUGUUCUUCGCUUGUAUUCUAUGCGCUUUUGUCCAUAUGCUCAUCGUGCCCAUUUAGUACUUGACGCCAAAAAUAUUCCACAUCACACUAUUUAUAUUAAUCUUACGGAAAAGCCAGAAUGGCUUACCGAAGUCAGCCCACUGGGUAAAGUGCCGGCAUUACAGUUACCCAAAGAGGAAGGCAAUCCAUCCUUAAUUGAGUCACUAAUAAUUGCUGAAUAUCUGGACGAGAAGUAUCCCGAAAUACCACUCUUCCCCAAAGAUCCACUAAAGAAAGCACAAGAUAAGAUACUUAUCGAGAGAUUCAACGCAGUGACUAGUGCAAUGUACAAAGUGUUCCUAGGUGGUAGUGAGGCAGCACCCGGUGCGCUAACUGAAAUUUCAACAGGUUUAGAUAUUUUCGAAAAGGAGUUGAAUUCCCGUGGUACACCUUACUUUGGUGGUGAUAAACCUGGCAUGUUGGACUAUAUGAUUUGGCCAUGGUGCGAGCGUUCAGCCAUGUUGAAAUACUUGCUACCCGACAAAUACGAAAUGGAUAAGGAACGUUUCGGCAAGUUGAUUGCUUGGCGGGAUUUGAUGAUCAAUGAUCCUGCAGUAAAGGUGUUCUAUUUGGAUGGUGAAACUCACGCCAAGUUUAUGAAAGCGCGCCGUGAAAAUGUUCACGACUAUAAUAUGCUCGUGAACGAUGCUAAACGGCAAAGAACUUGUUGAGGAUAAAAAUCUCAUUUUAAUUGUUUGUGGGCAUAUUGGAAAUAAUAACUUGUGUCGAAUUCAUUGUAUGCCGUUUAUCAAUAUCAAAAUAAUGGGAAAUAUCACGCUACUUACAUAUCCUUGUAAAUUACUUACAGUCAUUCUUAUACAUCGUAUAUAUUUUUGUACAUAUCAGCAUAUCCAUUUGAUGAACUCAAAUACAGCGCAUUUGUUUUGUAACAAAUUUGUAAAAAAAUAUUGUUUGGUGAUAUCUAAAUUGGUUUCUUGUUAUGUGUUUCGUUUUAGUAAAAUUAUUGUUUCGUCUAUUUGUAAACGUCCAAUUUGCUUCAAUGUCGUGUUCAUGUAAUAUAAUCAACCAUAUAUUUGCGUGAUUCUGCUGACAUAAACGAGAAAAAUCUUUAAUUGUGCUAUAUCGAAGCUAUAAUAACCUUCACAGGUGCAUUCCUUAAAGCAUAAAGAGUAUUAAAAGUUUUUUUUCUUGACGUUGAUCGGUCAGUUUGUUUGACAGCUGUAUGCUAUAGUGGUCCGAUCGGAACAUUUUCUACGGGGAAUGUAACGGUACAAAACGGGAUUGUCAAAUAAAAAAGUUUUUCAUACAAAGACGGGAUUUUGUUUGAUCUGUUUGAGCGUCUUAAAGCGAAAAAUCCGUGCAAUUCUCCCUUAAAUAAUUUCGUUGCCUUGAGAGGCAAAAAUUUGGUUUGACGUUAGAGAAAAAUACUUUAUUUAAAACUGCAUUGCUGCAUAAACUGCUUAAAUAGCUAAAUACAAUAUAAUAUAUAUAUUCACUUUUCCUUUUUUAAUCGUUAAAUACGUAAAAUCACGAUAAAUGUAAAUAUCAUUUGUGGUUUUGGAAUGAGUUUUCAAUUAUUUUUAUAAUUUUUUUUAUCAACUACACACAUAGAGAGCGAGAAAAUUGAAAAAACAUACAUUUUGCAGACAAGUUAAGUUGUUUUGUACAACUGCCACUCCUUUGUAUACUUGUACAUAUGUAUGUGGUUAUGUAUGGACAUACUUGUCUUUUAAAAAGUAUACAAUAAUAUUAAACAUCGAAUCAAUUUAUUAUUAUUAUUUCACUUUAUAUGUAACAAAUUGUUGCAUAGUUUCGAAUAAAAUAUUCAAUGGUGUUGACCUUAUCUUAAAGUUUAAAACUUUUUCGUUUACAAUAUAUCUGCAUGCACGUGUAUACACUUAUGAGCUUUUGUAAGUUGGUAUAAUUCACAAAAAAAUAUUUUUUUCCAUUUUACAUUAUGUUUGUUUUUGUUUUUUCUUCGUUCAUUUAUUGCAUGUUAUCUCAAAGUGGUUUCGUUUACUAUUAUUUAAAAAUGUAUGUUUUAAAUUUUUUUAUUUUCUCUUUUUAAUUUCUUUUCUUAUUAAAUUUUUUUUCACAAUAUAUUCACCUUCGGAAGUCAUUAAUAAUGUUUUUUCGUUGCUGCAAAGUGAUCCAAAGUAUAUGUGUGUGUACGUUUUUUUGUUUUUGUUUUCAUUUAUAUAUUUUAAAACGUUUUAACUGUACUCCUGAUGCCAUUUAUAUUUUUGUAAAAAUUUUGAUUAAAAUAGUUUGGUUGGUAUGAUUU